GGCGUUAGUUGUUGCGUUUGGCGGUGACGGCGGUGUUUUUCAUAAGAUUUUCCGACACCGGAAAAUUCAGUUGAGUUUGUGAUUACGUGGGUAGUACGCGUAUUUUGUGGAGUAUGUCCUUUGGAUAGUGUGCGUUCGGUUAUUGCGAUAUUGCGGCCGUAAUUCAUGAAUACUUCGUAUGUUGGGUGUUUGGAGUUUCUUGGUUUAUAUGAUAUGAUUAUGUGGUGUCGGAUGGUUUAUAAUAUUGUGUGAUUCAUAAAUCAACAGAUACGUAGAUGGUGACAAAUUAUUGUGUGAUUAAUUGCCACGAUAAAAAUAGUAAAGCUGUGAACAUUUUAAUGUUAGUUGUUUUUAAUUGUUUGCGGUGAUUGGAUUUGGAUUGUGCGGUUAAUUGCUUUGGUUUCGGUUAAAGUGAUUUUGGGUUAGAAGUUUUAGAAAUAAGACAUCAUAAACGUAGCAAAAACUAGAUGCAAACAAAUCUAAUAUGAAUUUUCAUGAAAAUCAUUCGGGGUUGCAAUAGUGAAAUGUGGAAAAGUAUUCAUUUCAAAACAUUCAUUUGAAAACUUUGAAAUAAUGUUGAAAGUGGGUGGCAAUUCAUAACAGUGAAAUAACUGUUUUAUGAAUGUAUUAAAAAGUUGUACUGAAUGUGAGUGAAAAAUUAAAAUGUUUUAUAAAUUUAAACCACAUUUUAUAGAUUUUAUAUUAACGAUGAUGUUAGUUGGUGAAAAUAUAGUUUUUACAGCAACGGAAAUAAUAGCCGAUCCCAAAUUCAGUGCACCGAUCCAGAACGUAACAGCGCCCGUGGGACGAGAAGCAUUACUAACAUGUGUCGUUCAGGAUCUGGGCUCCUACAAAGUUGCAUGGUUGCGUGUCGAUACACAAACCAUUCUCACAAUACAGAAUCACGUCAUUACGAAAAAUCAUCGCGUUGGCAUAACAUAUUCGGAGCACAAAACGUGGCAGCUGAGAAUUAAGGACAUCAGAGAAUCCGAUAAAGGCUAUUAUAUGUGUCAAAUCAAUACGGACCCGAUGAAGAGUCAGAUGGGCUAUUUGGAUGUUGUAGUGCCGCCGGAUAUCCUGGAUUAUCCAACAAGUACGGAUAUGGUGGUUCGAGAGGGCAGUAAUGUGACGCUGAAAUGUGCUGCAACCGGUUCACCCGAACCGACUAUUACCUGGAGACGUGAAGGCGGCGAACUAAUAGAGCUUCCAGAUGGCGGUAGCACGGUCAAUAUUGAAGGAUCCAAUUUGAUAAUACCAAGGGUCAAACGGCAGCAUAUGGGAGCAUACUUGUGCAUAGCGUCGAAUGGUAUACCGCCGUCGGUUAGCAAAAGGAUAAUAUUGAUAGUGCAUUUUCCACCUAUGAUUACUGUACAGAAUCAACUUAUUGGAGCUGUGGAAGGACGAGAUAUUAGCCUUGAGUGCCAAUCGGAAGCGUAUCCUAGGUCAAUUAAUUAUUGGACUCGAGAGAGGGGUGAAAUUGUGCCACAAGGUGGACGCUUCACGACCAACACGACCGAGGAGAACGACUAUAAAGUGAUAAUGAAAUUGCACAUUAGCCCCGUUACUGUUACUGAAUUCGGGUCAUAUCGAUGUGUUGCCAAGAACUCGCUGGGAGACACAGAUGGAACUAUCAAACUCUACCGAAUACCACCGAAUGCUAUGAAUUCAUUAGAUUUAUAUGAAGGAGGUGGCGGUGGCGGACGCUAUAAAGGUAAAAAGCAUCGAAAAGGCUCUGAAAUGUACCAAUCAAAAAGCCUUGAGGCUGGUGAUGACUCAGAAAAUCCCGGAAAGCGAAAAGAUGUAAUGCUCGCAGAAAAUGAUGACAGCUUGUAUGAUGCAUCUUCAUCUCGACGGCUUGGAUUUAAGGAUGUCUACCUUCAAGUGAUGGCACUUGUAGCAUCGUACUUCAUAGUGAUUUGACCAAAUGCAUUAUAAAUCGAUCAUCACAUAGUAAUAAAAUUAAGCUAGUUUAUAUUAGGGUAAAAUAUUUGUCCUUAGGGAGGAUCAAGAAAUAAUGAAAUAUUGAAGAUUUUUAUAAAAGUAAUUUAAUUAAAGUGGUUUAACUGGCUAAGUUGUCUACAGUUUGCUAAUAAUUGCAUGAAGUGUCGCUUCUUUAAGUCUCCUGCAAUAUCAAAAAAUCAAAUAAAUUUUGCAAAUUAAAUUUAAUAUUUCCAUUUGAUCUUUUAUAUUCAAUAUAUUAUAACAUUAUUUACAAAUAAAUAUCUAAAUACUAAAAUUUGUUAUUAGUAAAAAUAAGUUUCAUGCCACAAUUAAAA